AUGCCUCGUUCAAAGCGUGCCAGAAUCGUCCACGAGUCGAAGGUCACCAAGAAGUCCCACAAGGAACAGACCAGACGACUUUAUGCCAAUAUCCGCGAAUGUGUCGAGAAUUAUGAUCACCUAUUCGUUUUCUCCGUCGAUAACAUGCGCAACACCUAUUUGAAGGAUGUGCGCACCGAAUUCGCUGAUAGUCGUCUCUUCUUUGGCAAAACUAAAGUAAUGGCCGUUGCCCUCGGCCACAACCCCGAGACCGAGGCCGCACCCAACCUGCACAAGCUCUCUCCCUACCUGACAGGUGCCGUCGGUCUUCUCUUCACCUCGCGCGAUGCCGAGUCCGUCCUCAGCUACUUCGACGCCUUCCGCCCCCUCGACUUCGCCCGUGCCGGCACAGUCAGCACCCGCUCAUUCAGCAUCCCCAAUGGCUUGGUCUACUCCCGUGGCGGUGAGAUUCCUGCGUCCGAAGACGAACCCGUCAGCCACACGAUCGAGCCGGAGCUGCGCAAACUGGGCGUUCCUACUCGUCUAGUGAAGGGCAAGGUCAUGCUCGAGCUGACUGAUGGGCAAGAGGGCUACCCUGUCUGCAAGGAGGGAGAAGUUCUGGACUCGCGGCAGACAACGUUGCUGAAGAUGUUCGGUGUCGCUACUGCCGAAUUCAAAGUCGAUCUAAAGGCGCAAUGGACUCGGAGUACCGGUGAAGUUAAGAUCCUCGAGAAGGAUGAGGGCAUGGAGGUUGAUGGACAGUAA